AUGGAGAAUAUCACACCCAUUGCAGUAACCCCUGUAGCUAUGGUUGUUCCAUCCAUGGAGUCGACUGAUGAUCCUCCAGUGCCUCCUACUGUCGCGUCUGCAUUGCCUAAUCCCUGUCGUGACAUUGUCCUUUACCAGUCGGAGGCUGGUGGUUCUGUACCUUUCCCGAGUUCAGAGUCAACUCUGUCUCCUCCCUCACCUCCGGUCAGUCAGAAACCUCGUACAUUUCAAGGUAAGGCUCCUCCUAUCUCUAAAAAGGUUCGUCCUUCUCUUUCAUCUCCUUCCCCACCUGUGUCCAAACGUGUCACUCGUUCUUCGUCGAGUCACCAGUCUCCCUCGAAACCUAUAGGCCCUCCUCGUCCUCCAUCUAAGGUCUCUAUUCCUACCCCAACCAGUGAACGUGUUCAACCCAAAAGAAAAUCCUCUGCUGACACCACGUAUCAUCCUCCUGAAAAGAAAUCCAAGAAAAAACCCACUCCAGUUGCCUCUACAGAGUCAUCUCCCAAACGGUCGUCUAGAGGUUCUAAAAAGUCCAAACUUCCCAAAGUUCCUAUAUCAACCGGUCGACCACCCGCAACAAGACAAUGCUUUGUUGAUGCCUCUAAAGCCUCUGUCUAUCAACGGUGGUUUGGUAGUCGUGAGCUUUGGUUCGAACAAGUGGUCAUUUUAGAUGAUUUUCCUGAACUGCAUGAGUUUUUAAAACUUAGGAAAUGGGUCAACACGGUCACUAACUUGUCUGCUCCCCACCCCAUAUUAGUUCGAGAAUUCUAUGCCAAUCUAGAUAGAACUGUUAUUGCUGAGGGUCAUCCAGGGUGUGUGAGUGCCUUUGUUAGGGGUCAUAGAGUUCCUUUUGGUCCUUCCACUAUUGCUUCCUUAUUGCAAGUUGAGUCUAUCAGGAAUCCAACAUAUGGGAAACACUUCAGUCCAGAUCAAUCUUUGAUGGGUCGAGUGCUAACUGGCAGGGAUGACUAUAUUUGGGACAAACAGGAAAUACUGGUUACUCACUUGACUCCAUUCUAUAGGGUUCUUCAUCGCGUAGCCUUGUACAAUUGGUUUCCUAAUUCUCAUUUGUCUGCUGUUACCCUUGAGAUUGGCAAAUUCUUGUAUGCUGUAGGCACUAAUGUAUCCAUUGAUCUGCCCUCGCUCAUCUUUGACCGGGUACUGGAAGCAUCUGAAUCCACUGGCACUCGUAACAAGCUACCAUUUCCAAGUUUAGUUCAACGGGUUCUCAUGGAUGCUCACCCUCCACUCACCACGCAUGAUUAUCAAGUUCAGAAUCCGAUUCUCAGUAAGAGCUUUCUCUCGGUGGUCAACAGGAAGCCUUCUUCAACCACUCCCUCAGCAACCACAGUGAGUAAAGGCAAGUCUCCGUUGUUCAAAGGGCUCUCGGAUUCCAGCUGGCAGUCCACUCUUUUGCACCAUUUUCCUGGGGAUUCUCUGCCUGACAUCUCUCUGCCUGAGUUUCAUCGUGAUUCGUUUGGCGCCUCAUCAGACACAUCUGGGAAUAAUGCACAUAUGCAGGGGGAGCCUUCAGCCUUGGAUCCAGUCACUAGUUCAGUACAACUUGAUCUAGAUCCUCUAGCUGACACUGCAACACCCUUUGUGUCGACAGGACCACCUUCCUGUGGGAGUCCGGCACAAAGACAGAAACUACAGAUCAUAUUCAAUGAAGGGGGAGAUAUAUGUCAUUUGUUUUGCUUGUGUAGUGGAUUUGUUAUAUUCCUAAAAACUUUUAUAUCUGGUUUAUUAAUAUUUUCUGGUCUUUAG